AUGGUACCUAUUCGAUGCUUUGAGACCUAUGAGCUGGCCAUCAUUGAUAACCCUCCUUCGGCAUCCAGGAAAGGUGUUGGUAGUCUCAGCAAUGCCCUAGUAAAGGCGGAUUCAGAAGUGAGGUUGAUCGAGAAUUAA